CCUCAUGACGUUUUUCAUCGAGGUCAAGGAAAAGUGGUUAAUAAAAGACAUAGGACGUCAUUUUUAGAAUAUUCGGACACAGCCCUGGCCGUUCUAGUGUUAAAUACUGUCCGUUCCCAUGGCAAUCUCAACAUAUCGCUUUUUACGGCAAGACGUAAUAUAGGAAAUGAGCUUGCCGGAUGCUGAGACGGACUCGCGGCUCCGGUAGUGGUGUAUUCGUCUGCGCGCAGCACCCCGUUCUCACAGCAGCCGCAGGCCGGCAGACGAUGUUGGUCUGCUCUCCGGGAGGAGGAGAGGACGGGGCCUGCUGCUGGGAGUCCCCGCAGCCCAGGGCUCGAUCGGCCCGCCCAUGCCUGUGAUCCCGAUCCCCCGGCGGGUUCGCUCCUUCCACGGCCCCCACAGCACGUGCAUGCACUCCGCCUGCGGACCCGCGCGCACGGCACAGCUGGUGCACAGCAAGUACAACAACUUCGACCUGUACCUGAAGUCGCGCUGGAUGUACGGCUUUGUCCGCUUCCUGCUCUACUUUGGCUGCAGCCUGCUGACCUCCCUCCUGUGGGUGGCGCUGUCCGCCCUCUUCUGCCUUCAGUACGUGGGUGUGCGCGUCUUCCUGCGCCUCCAGUACAAGCUGUCCGUCAUCCUCCUGCUGCUUGGACACCGGCGCCUGGACUUCAGCGUACUGAACGAGCUCUUCAUCUACAGCAUCCACGUGACCAUGUUCCUGGUGGGAGGCCUGGGCUGGUGCUUCAUGGUUUUCGUGGACAUGUAGUCCCGCUCAGAGACGGGACAGCUACCGCCAGGCGUCCCGCUCAGCACCAACUUUCAUUCCACACGCUAUCACUGGGGCCGGACACAGGGGCAGACUGUUUUUGUGGUCAGAAGUGGCCAGUACAAGGUGCUUCUAAGUCUCGGAGGUUAUGUACAAUAAAGUUGUACACGUGUAUCUUGGCUGGAACCUCCAUUUUAAUGGUCUUGAAGCAGCGGGGGAGUCUGGGUAUUGUAUUUUUCAGCUGGGAGAUGUGACGCCGACACGCUGCGCUCUGUCACAGCAGUGUUGCUGGUGACCGGUUGUAGGCACGGUUGAUCGUGUUUGCGGCAGCCUCACGGCUUGCCUUACCCACUGCCGCCUGCUUCUGGAAGAUUCUGAGCGUUGCGGUUGGUUUUAUAUUCGGUGGCCCGCGGACACAAACGCUCCACUUUGUGGCCGGGCCUGGGUCCAGCUCGUACAGUGUGAUGGCGCACUGCCACCAACCCAAAAAAGAAAACAACCAAGACGCUGAGUGUCCUCUGCUGCACUGUGGGAUAGUGUUGGGCAAGACUGGCAUGAGUGGUGAGAGAAGAACAGGCUUGCCUAUUGUUCUAGGAUCAAGAUGUAAUAAGUCUCAUAGCCUUUCCACCCACUCAAAUCUGAUAGGCCUUUCUGUUGUGCUAAAAAAUGAACGGAGCUCCAAGCUCUCUUUAUUUUGGAGGGAAGAUAUUCCAGUGAACCCCUCGCCGUGUAAUUUUAGAAAGACCGAUUCAUACUGUACGUGAUUGGUGCCAAUUGACGUCAUUAUACAAUGUCUGAAACAGGUCCUGAAAGCCUUUUAGAAUUACAGAGCACAUGUUGGUGAAGUGUUGAGUAGACAUAAAUGUCAUGUGAUCGUGGCUGGUGUCAGUGUAACGCUUUUUGGAAAGGGUAACGUUGAUAUUUGUAAAUAAACUUACGACUCCUUUGCCA